AUGACUUCCACUAUUACAAUGAAUGACGAUUUAUUGGAUAACUAUAAUCCAUUGUACGAUGUACAUUUGCGCCAAUAUUUUGCAAUGCCGCAUAUGCAACGUCAUCUAAGGAAUAUCGGCUUGCUGGAUGAUAUCAGAAAUGGUGAAAAUGAAGAUAACAGAGAUAGUAAUAAACAGCGUCACACAAUGAUCGAUAAAAUGCUACGAAAUCGUGAAGCUGAAUUGCAGAAAUAUGCCGACUUGCAGCGCAAGUUGCAUGCAGCGGAAAAAAUUGAAAUCUGCCGUAGGAUAAGAAGUGGUACAGCAAGUCCAAGUGAUUGUCAUCGAGCAAAACCUUCUCGUAGUCUCAGUCGAGGGCGUUAUAUCAAAAGAUCAAGAAGGCGACGAUCAUCAGCUAGUAUUGAUGAUAAAAAUUUGGUGCAAAAAAUUGAAGCAGAAAAUGAGGAACCAAUGUAUGAAAAUCCAUCGUUGGUUUAUAAUAGACUAUCAACAAAUAUACUCAAAUAUCGAUAUUUGCAUAAGUUGGAUGACGAAACAUUAGCUCUAUACAUGCAACAACUACGACGACAAUUGAGCCGUUUGGAACGUUUCCGCCAAGUUUCAUUUGGUCCAUUCUCGGUUGCACGACAUCAAAAUGAUCCUCAAGUGUCCUGGUUCUUCAGGCGCAGGUCACUACCCAGUUUGACCGAUCCUACGUCUACCAAUACUACCAAUACUACCACUACUAUUACAUCUUCCACCACACAAACCAAUAUUUAUGAACAACCUUCUUUGAGAAGUAUUCAAUCAUUAAAUCAACAUCGUAGUCGUUCAACUAAACCACAAUCAUCGAGAAGUGGUAUAUCUGAUAAUUCAUAUGUUAACAACCGUUUACAAUCAAAACGACAACUUAGUACUGAUAAUAACACUCGCUUAUCAGUAACUUUAUCAAAUGUAAAAAGUAGUGGUGCAUCAGAUAUUAUCAAAACAUCGCGCGCAAAAAAGACAACAACGCCAGGAAAAAAAGUUGCGCAAAAAAAGACAAUAACGCCAACAACGCCAACAACAACAACAUUAACAGGACAUAAAUUAUUAGAAGUGGAUGAUGAUAGAAUGAAAUCGAAAACUGAUCCGGAAUUAGGAAAUGAUGCUGACUUGAAGACAACAAUGGAAAUUAUUGAACAUAGAAGUGACGAAUCAGCAUUAAAUUAUGAUGAUGAAAGAGAAAUGUAUUCCGGUAUUACAUCACCGGAAAGUAUUGAUUUAAAAAUUGAAAAAGGAGCAAUAUCAGCAAAAUCACUUUCAUCAAUGAAUAAUUUUUCAACACUAUCAAUAAAUGAUGAGCAGAGAAUUCAAUCGACUGUAUCACAACAACUGAUUACGGAAUCAGAAGCAAAAUUUAAGCAAUUAGAAAUUAAACAUUUGGAAAGUUCAAAUUUAUCAUUUGAUGAUUUAUCAACAGAAAUUUCAAAGAAGACAGAAUUUGAAAUAGCUGAUCUAUCAUCAGCUGAUGCUUCAUCUGUUAUUUCAAAAUGGAAAAGAACGGAUGAUGAAGUUGAAAAUUUGAUGAUGAGUCAUCGAACUUCAAUUGAUUCCAUACCAAAUGAUAGUGAUUCACAGGAAAUGAUAUUAUCUGAUGAGAUUGAUGAUGAUGCUGCUGCUGAUGAUGAUCAAUGUUUAGCUAAAAUUGGAAUGAAAAUGGAAAAGAAGACAAAACAAUUAGCUAGAGGUCAAAGUUCAAUUGAUCAAAGAAAAAUUACACAAAUUGAUAGUAAACAAAAUCAAUCAAUUUAUCAUUCAGAUGAAAGAUUAGAUAAAUUAUCAUCAGUGGAUGAUAAAAUGAUAGAUGAAAAUUUUGAAAAAAUUAAUGAAAUUAUUUCAUCACCAGCACGAAUGAACAUUUUAGAAUCGAAAUCGGAAUUGCAGACGGAUAAACAAUCGGAAAUUGAUAAUACUAAGAAACAUAUUGAAAUACCUGAAAUAACACAUGCAGUUUUUACUGAAACAAUAGCAAGGGAAGAAAUUCAAAUGGAUAAAACGGAUACGGAAUAUGAUGUAGAUGAAUUUGUUGCAAUUAAUGGUGAAAUUUUAGAGAUAUCAUCAGAAGGAAAAUUGGAAGGAGAUGAUUCAGUUGUAAUAUCGGAAAUCUAUUCCGUAGAUCAGGCAAAAGAAAUUCCCGCUACAGAAGAAAAGCUAACCGAAUUUGUAACGGAUGAUUCGAUUCCGGUUAGCAAAAAUUCGGCAUCAGCAGAAAAACUUUGCUCUGUUGGUGCAAUAGAAGAUGUAUGUUAUACAGAAAUUGAAUUUUCAGAUGAUCAGGAAUGCCGUAAUGAUUUUACGGAAUUAAACAAGACUGAAUAUUCGGUUGAUCAAGGUACAGAAGACUGUAAUGUUGAGAGAUUAUCAAAAUUACCGGAACUAAUAUCAACGCCAGUUCGGAAAAUGUCUGAGUCACCGGAACUAAUGCCAACGUCAAUAACGGAAACAAACAAUGAAUCAUUUGAGUUGCCAAAAUCGGAAAGUUCAUUUGAACAAUUGGAUGAUCCGGUAGAAAAUGAACAGCAAAUAACUGCUGAUGCUGAACAUUUGGGUGAAAAAAUUGAAAUUGCAACAAAAAAUAAUGAAUUGGAAUCGGUGAAAGAUCUUUUUCAAGUGGAACAAUUUCCGGAAUUUCUCAUCGAUAAACAGUUAAAAUAUCAGGAAACAACUACAGCAACUGAAAACAAAAUAAUUGAUAAAAAUUUUGAUGCAAAAAUUCAACAAUGUGAUACUGAUAUAGACGAUCAUCUAAAUUUUAAUAAUAAGCAUCAAAGUGAUGAAAAACCGGAAUCAUUUAUUGUUUCAUCCGAAUCGUCUACUUUAAUUUCCGAUAUUCCGGUCAAUGAUACAUCAUCCUUAAUUGAAAAAUCUCAUUCUAGAAUACAGGAUGAAAUUACUGAAAAUAUGACACUACAAGAGCAAACGAAAAGGUUAUUACAUGAAAUGGAAAUUUCAGAAGUAGAAGGAACAGCCGGAAUAGAGCCGGAAAGAGGCGGAAUUCAGGGUAUUCUACAAACUGAAUCAGAAGCAUCAAAAUCACCUGAAUCUAUCACUCAACAAUCCAUCAAAAGUUUCGAUAAUAAAAUAACUGAAGCAAGUAACACUGAAACAAUUGUGUUAGCUAAACCUGAAAUGAUUACAACACCAGUAAAAGGAAAACUUCCGGAAUCAAUAUUAUUGAAUCCUGAAAAUUUAAUAAUUGAUGGAUUAACAAAUAAAUUUGAACCUGUAAUUUCUGGUAUGCAAGAUGUUCAACCGUUUAUUCUAACUUCACUUGAAACAAUAAAACACGAAACAGAUGAUCAGAUCAAUACUUUCACUUUGAAUAGGUCAAUCACUGAUACUGAUCAUUCUUUUGAAAACAACUAUUCAACAGAAAAUGUUAUCAGUGAUAAGAGCAUUGAUAAAAUGAAUGGAACAGAAAUGGAAUCUGAUUUAUCUGAAUGCAUUGAAAAUUCAUUGAUAUCAACAAUUCCACGCUCAGAUGUAUCAUCGAUUGAAUUAAAUGCUCUCGAAGAAAAUUCAAUGAUUUCGCGACAAGUUAUAUCAGAAUGUAGUCGAGAAGAAAUUGAAAAAAAUGAAAUAUUAGCUGAGGAAAAUGAUAAUGUUAUUAUCAGUGAUAAAGAAGAAAAGAAAUUAUCAUCGAAAUUAUUUGCGCCAAAAGAUUUCGAGAAAAUAUCUAAUACAAUAAAUUCUAGAUGCAAUGAAGGAAUUCCGAAAAUUGUUGUUUGUAGUGAUGAAACGACAAUUUCAGAUCUUGAUAAUAUGAGAAAAAUGAUAACAAUGCAAACUGAUAACGAAGCAAUCAAACAAUCAAUGAUAAUAGAGAAAGAUAAUGCUAAAAUGAUGGAUCCGGAAUAUUCCGGAAUAUCUACGAAUGAACCGGAAAAAGUGAAUGAGAUGAAACAAUCGAUGAAAGAGCAGCUAAAUGACUUUUUGGAACAAUAUAUGAAUGAUAUAAUACAAAAUAUUGCAGAAUUAACUGAUGAAAGAAUUGAAAAACGUAAAAUAUCAAAAGAUGAAAUUGAAAAAAUUGCUAAAACUGAAUCUGUUGUUCCUGAAUGCAUUCCGGAAUGUGGAACUCAAUUUACAGCAAUGCAAGAAACAUUUCAUAUGAAAUCAAUGAAAUAUGAGGAAGAAACGGAAGAAUGCAAUAUGCUAAGUGAUCAGCAACUAUUAUUGGAGCAAAGUAAUACAGGAGCGGAAGAACAGGAAGUUAUCACUGUAAACAGUAAGUGA